CAGACACCUGCAAAUCACACUCUCCAUAUUUUCGCUUCGAUUUCACUCCUAGGGUUUCGAAUCCAAUCUCCGAUAUGAGUUCUCCGACUUCCAAGGGCGGCCGAGGCAAGCCCAAGGCCACCAAAUCCGUCUCCAGGUCCUCCAAGGCCGGGCUCCAAUUCCCCGUCGGCCGUAUCGCUCGCUUCCUCAAAUCCGGCAAGUACGCCGAGCGAGUCGGCGCCGGCGCUCCCGUCUACCUCUCCGCCGUCCUCGAGUAUCUCGCCGCUGAGGUGCUUGAGCUCGCUGGCAAUGCAGCUAGAGAUAACAAGAAGAAUCGGAUCGUUCCGAGGCACAUUCAGCUGGCGGUGCGUAAUGACGAGGAGUUGAGCAAGCUUUUGGGGACUGUGACUAUUGCUAAUGGAGGUGUCUUGCCUAACAUUCAUCAGAAUCUGCUGCCGAAGAAGACUGGGAAAGGCAAGGGGGACAUUGGAUCGGCGUCGCAAGAGUUUUAGGGUUUUCUUAUUUUGAUUACAAAUUUCGGACUGAUUGGUUGUAAACAGAAAAUUUGGGAAUUUUUGGUGAAAUAUAAUAUGGUUUUUUGAUAAA